AUGAUGGUUGAUAGAAACUCGUCGGAUACUACAGUAGCAAAUGAUAACAAUAUAUAUGGACAACGAAAUGAAACAAUAGACAUGGAACUAAUCCCUCAAGAAGGAGAAAAAGUAUCUCAAAAAACAAACUUUUGGCAACGAUUUCAUACUAAACAACAAGAUAAAACACCAACUCAAGUAUUUCGAUAUGCUACUGUUCCUGAGUUAUUUUACAUAGUGCUAGGAACUAUUGCUUCCAUAGCUUUUGGUGUUUGUCUUCCAUUAGCAUUAAUACUCUUUGGUGAUUUCGUUAAUUCAUUUAUUGAUCGAGCAUCUCAUCUAUGUUCAUUUAACUUCACAUCUCUCACUCAACACUAUUGUCCAUCAAAUAUUACAUUAACAUCAACUAAUUUUUAUACAACAAUAUCGUAA